AUGGCGUCGUGGAAUUCAAUUCCGCUGGAAAUUACAUACCAAACAGUUGGAUGGAUUGCUUUCGUUUUAUGGUCUAUCAGUUUCUACCCUCAAGUUUUCUUGAAUUUCAAACGCAAAAGUGUGGUGGGGUUGAAUUUCGAUUUCGUGGUGUUGAAUUUGACGAAGCACUCCUCAUACUUGAUAUACAAUGCUUCUCUUUACUUUAGCUCUGCUAUUCAAAACCAGUACCUUGAAAAGUAUGGCCAUGAGCAGAUGAUACCAGUAGCUGCAAAUGACGUUGCUUUUUCAAUACAUGCUGUUUUGUUAACGGCAAUUACAUUGUUCCAAAUUGCAAUAUAUGAACGUGGAAAUCAAGCAGUCUCUAAGAUUGCUAUAGCAAUCGUCUGUGUUGUGUGGAUAGUUGCUGCAGUAUGUACUUUUAUAGCUUUGCCCCGCCACUCCUGGCUGUGGCUCAUCUCCAUCUUCAACUCAAUUCAAGUUUCUAUGACAGUUAUCAAGUAUAUUCCCCAGGCGGUAAUGAACUUCAUGAGAAAGAGCACAGAAGGCUUCAGCAUUGGGAACAUUUUACUUGAUUUUUUUGGAGGAUUGACAAACUAUGCCCAGAUGGCUGUACAAUCUAUAGACCAGAAUUCGUGGGUAAACUUUUACGGCAAUAUAGGAAAGACACUGUUGUCUUUGGUGUCCAUAUUCUUUGACCUUCUCUUCAUGUGUCAGCAUUAUAUCUUGUAUCCUGCCAAGAAAGCUUUGAAUUCUCCAGAAUCCAAGUCUACUGAGGAUCGACAAUCAGAAAUGUGUGAGGUUUAG